CGCGCUGGCGGGACCUUCAGGUCUACACCGGUAACUGUUGCAGCGCCCUGCGGGCUACUGCUGUUUUGGAAGCUUGGAAGGCCUGAGUUUUGCCCUUUUCCAAGAGGAGCCCAAAGAAGGACUGGUCUUUUUCCGCAAAUACCAAAGCCAUGACUCAGGAGUCAGUGGUGUUCAAUGAUGUGUCCAUAGACUUCUCUCAGGAGGAGUGGGAAUGCCUGAAUGAUGAUCAGAGAGAUUUAUACAGAGAUGUGAUGUUGGAGAAUUACAGCCACCUGGUUUCAAUGGCAGGACAUUCUGUUUCUAAACCAGAUGUGAUCUCCUUCUUGGAGCAGGGGAAAGAGCCCUGGUUGGUUGACAGAGAACUAACAAGAGACCAGUGGCCAGUCCUGGAAUCAAGAUGUGAGACCAAGAAAUUAUUUCUGAAGAAGGAAAUUUAUGAAAUAGAGUCAGCGCAGUGGGAGAUAAUGGAAAGACUUACAAGACAUGACCUUCAGUGCUCUAGUUUCAGAGAUGAUUGGGAAUGUAAUGGCCAGUUUGAGAAACAACAUGGCUCUCAGGAGGGACACUUCAGUCAACUGAUAUUCACCCAUGAAGGCAUGCCCACUUUCAGUCAGCAUCCAUCCUUUACAUUACAGCAAAUCAUUAAUAAUAAAGAGAAAUACUGUGCAACGAAGGAAUAUAGGAAAACCUUUAGACAUGACUCACAACUUAGUACACAUCAGAUAAUUCAUACCAUUGAGAAACCCUAUGAAUGUAAGGAAUGUGGAAAGGCCUUUAGACAUCCCUCAAGACUCAGUCAUCAUCAGAAAAUUCAUACUGGCAAGAAACCCUUUGAAUGUAAGGAAUGUGGGAAAACAUUUAUUUGUGGUUCAGACCUUACUCGACAUCACAGAAUUCACACUGGUGAGAAACCCUAUGAAUGUAAGGAAUGUGGAAAGGCCUUUAGUAGUGGCUCAAACUUCACUCGACAUCAGAGAAUUCACACUGGUGAAAAGCCCUAUGAAUGUAAAGAAUGUGGGAAGGCUUUUAGUAGUGGCUCAAACUUUACUCAACAUCAGAGAAUUCAUACGGGGGAGAAACCCUAUGAAUGUAAAGAAUGUGGCAAUGCCUUUAGUCAGAGCUCACAACUUAUUAAACAUCAGAGAAUUCAUACAGGUGAGAAACCCUAUGAAUGUAAGGAAUGUGAAAAGGCGUUUCGUUCUGGUUCAGACCUUACUCGACAUCAGAGAAUUCAUACUGGUGAGAAGCCCUAUGAAUGUAAGAUAUGUGGGAAAGCCUAUUCUCAGAGUUCACAACUUAUUAGUCAUCAUAGAAUUCAUAGUGGUGAGAAACCCUAUGAAUAUAGGGAAUGUGGAAAGACCUUUAAUUAUGGCUCACAACUUAUUCAACAUCAAAAUUUACAGACACGCAGCGCCAUCCGAGUAGGUCCUACGGAGAGUCACGUUGCUGCACAUCCCCCUUUGGGGCUCCAGUCGUUCGCCCCCGCAGCGCUCCGGGCCCUGUCGGGACUCCUCGGGACAAAGAGCCAGGAACCCCGCCCCGCCCCGGCUGAAGCCCGCCCAGACCUCCGCCUCACUCAGCUAGCGGGCGGGGUAGAUGCUCGGCUCCCUCGGGCUGGUCGCGCCGGCGCACUCAGUGCCUACAGCGCGAGCUCCCAGCAGCCUCUGCGCGCGACAUGUUUGGAUGAUCAAGAUACACCAGAGUAUUCAAGAGACUGCACCUGUAGCAACAGGAUUCUUCAAGAGCACAUAGGCAUGCUGCUUCAGGGGUCGGUGAUGUUCAAUGAUGUGUCCAUAGUCUUCUCUCAGGAGGAGUGGGAAUACCUGGACUUGGAACAGAGGAACUUGUACAGAGAUGUAAUGUUGGAGAAUUACAGCAACUUGGUCUCACUGGGAUGCUUCAUUUCUAAGCCAGAUGUGAUUUCCUUAUUGGAGCAAGGAAAAGAGCCCUGGAAAGUUGUGAGGAAAGGAAGGAGGCGAUAUCCAGAUUUAGAGACCAGGUAUGAGACCAAGAAGUUCUCUUCGGAAAAUGACAUUCACGAAAUAAACUCACCCCAGUGGAAGAUAAUGGAAAGAAUUAAAAACCAUGGCCUUAAGGGCCUAAUUUUAAAAAGUGAUUGGGAGUCCAAAAGAAAAUUUGAAGGACAGGAGGGAUAUUUCAGUCAAAUGAAAACUGCAUCUCAAAAAGUGUCCUCUUACCAAAAACGCACAUCUCUAACUUCACCCCAGAGACUUCAUUUUGUGGAGAAACCCUAUGAAUGUAAAGAAUGUGGGAAAACCUUUAGAGUACGCCAACAGCUUACUUUCCAUCAUAGAAUUCAUACUGGUGAAAAACCCUAUGAAUGCAAGGAAUGCGGAAUGGCCUUUAGACAGACUGCACAUCUUACUCGACAUCAGAGACUUCAUUCUGGUGAAAAGCUCUAUGAAUGUAAGGAAUGUGGAGAAUCUUUCAUAUGUGGCCCAGACCUCAGAGUACAUCAGAAAAUUCAUAUUGGUGAGAAGCCCUAUGAAUGUAAAGAAUGUGGGAAGGCCUUCAGAGUGCGUGGACAACUUACUCUCCAUCAGAGGAUUCAUACUGGUGAGAAACCCUAUGUAUGUACAGAAUGUGGAAAGGCCUUUAGACAGUAUGCACACCUUACUCGACAUCAGAAGCUUAAUAUUGCUGACAAACUCUACGAAUGUAAAGAAUGUGGGAAGGCCUUUUUGUGUGGCUCUGGCCUUAGAGUACAUCACAAACUUCAUACUGGUGAGAAACCCUAUGAAUGUAAGGAAUGUGGGAAGGCCUUUAGAGUGAGACAACAACUAACACUCCACCAGAGAAUUCAUACUGGUGAGAAACCCUAUGAAUGUAAGGAAUGUGGAAAGACCUUUAGUCGUGGUUAUCAUCUUAUUCUUCAUCACAGAAUUCACACUGGUGAGAAACCUUAUGAAUGUAAGGAGUGUUGGAAGGCCUUUAGUCGUUACUCACAACUUAUUUCACACCAAAGUAUCCAUAUUGGUGUUAAACCCUAUGACUGCAAGGAAUGUGGGAAGGCUUUUAGAUUACUCUCACAACUUACACAACAUCAGAGUAUUCAUGUUGGUGAGAAGCCCUAUAAAUGUAAGGAAUGUGGGAAGGCCUUUAGAUUGCGCCAAAAACUUACUCUCCAUCAGAGUAUUCAUACUGGUGAAAAACCUUUUGAAUGUAAGGAAUGUAGGAAGGCUUUUAGACUUAAUUCAUCCCUUAUUCAACACCUGAGGAUUCAUUCUGGUGAGAAACCCUAUGAAUGUAAAGAAUGUAAGAAGGCCUUUAGACAACAUUCACACCUUACCCAUCAUCUGAAAAUUCAUAAUGUAAAAAUAUAAGAUAGUUUUUCAGUCCUGUCUUGUAGAACACUCUAUGACUGUAGUAAUUAAUCCCUUUUGCUUCCUUCAUACAGGGAACUGACUUGGCAUGAGAGGUUUUAUAUCAUUAAAAGAGUAUGUUAACUUAAUGUAUUCCACCAUCACUUAAACCUGAUAAACUUCACAUUUAUUCUAAAAAUUAAUCCUAUCAGUGUAAAAAUGUGGGAGACACAUCAUCUCUGUCCAGUCACCUUCCCACUUGUAUUAUGCUGGUAAGAUGUUUAACUGCUCUGUGCUAUAAUUUUUUCAUUUGUAAAUGGUAAUAUAAUACUGUGGCAGAAUAAAGAUUGCUGUAAAUUCUUUGACAUUUCUCUCCCACCGUCAAGAGCUGCAAUCUACAUCCCUGCUGGGCAGACUGUGACUGCUUUGACUAGUAGAAGUACUGCUGUGCCAGUUUCUGGACCCAGGCUUUACUGGUGGAUUUUACUUCAUUUCUUGGAAUGCUGUCUUAAGCUUAGGCCCUGAAUUUUGUUAAAAAGUCUGGCUGCUCUGCUGAAGAGACCACAUGGGGAAGCCCUAAGACUACACAGAAAGGAAGAGCACCCUUCUUAGCCCAGUCUUCCACACAUGCCUACCAAGACACCAGAUAUUUGAGUAAAAUAGUGUUGGAUCUUCCAGACCAGCCAGCAGCUGAAUGCCAGACUGACUUCAGUUGAUGCCAUAUAAAAUAGACGAACCUACCAAAUGAGCCCCUGCCCAAAUUCCUAACCCAUAAGAUCAUGAGAUAUAAUAAAAUGAUUGUUUUAAGCAACUAAAUUUUGUUAUCAUUAAUACUACUCCUUUGAAAAGUCGUAUGAAAGACUAUGGGUACAACAAAUAAAGAAAUGCCUUCCACUAACACUCAC